AUGGGUUCCAACAAUGCCGAACCGUCACGGCUAUUGACAGUUGCUGCUUGUCAACUUGGCUCAAUUCACCUUGCAAACUCACGGCAUGAUGUCCUAAAGCGCAUGUUUGACCUUUUGGACCGUGCUGCGGAGGAAGGCGUAAAACUCGCAGUUUUUCCUGAGCUGGCCUUCACUACAUUCUUCCCUAGGUAUCUAAUCGAGGGGAAAGAGCUAGACCAAUACUUUGAUAUUGAGGACCCAAGCAAGGGUGGAAUUGAGCAAUCCCCAAAUAUCAAGCCUCUUUUCGACCAUGCUCGCUCCCUUGGUAUUGACGUUUAUGUGGGCUAUGCUGAGCGGAGUCUGCAAAAGGACGGCUUUCAUAUCGACUACAACUCUAGCGUGUACUACUCGGCGCAAGUAGACAAAGUUGUUGGAAAGUACCGCAAAGUACACCUUCCUGGAACCGUCGAGCCACGCACUGCGCCAGGUGCAUUUCAGCAGCUAGAAAAGCGCUAUUUCCGCAAUGGAGACCUCGGAUUUCCGGCAUUCCGAGCCCCAGGACUUGUCGAAGGUGCUUUAAAGAAGUCCAGUGGUAUUGAAGAUGCUUCGGAGACUGCUGGAAAGGGCGAUCCUAUCGUCGGGAUGCUGAUUUGCAACGAUCGACGAUGGGCUGAAGCAUGGCGAGUAUAUGGCCUCCAAGGAAUGGAGAUCAUGUGUUGUGGAUACAAUACUACUGCAUUUGCCACAACAUCCGAGGGGCAUAUGGUGGACCUGAGUCCAGAAGCAGCUGAGGAGGAGGUUUUGUUGCAUCAUAAGCUUUCUUGUCAAGGAAAUAGUUAUAUGAACGGCUGCUUCAGUAUCAAUGUGGCGAAAACGGGCGCGGAAGAUGGACACCCGCUGGUUGGUGGAACGAUGAUUGUGCAUCCUCUUGGACAUAUCAUCAAGGAAGCAUUGACAAAGGAAGAUGAAGUCGUUGUGGCCACUAUUGACUUGGCCGAUUGCCGUCGUCCUAAGUCUACGGUAUUUGCUUUCGAGAAGCAUCGAAGACCAGAACAUUAUUACUCAAUAUUGGAGCGUACUGGUGUCAUCGAGCCAGACUUACUGUGGAAUUAA